UUCCGUGAGUGUCCGCCGCAUCGCGCACGGGCAGACUGUCCAAACGCAAGGCGUACUGCGCCUGCGCAUAUUGAACUGCAAAGGACGAGCGACGCUGCCCCGGACUCCGUGAAAACACUUUGUAUGUGGUCCAGCAAUGCCUUUCCUUAAAACGUUGAAAACAAACCCACCGCGCUCCACACUUUUGAAUAUCAAAACGUGGAAGUCUGGGUUGCGUCACACUGUUUUCUCUCUAAAUGGAGACGAAUACAAAGGAGAGUGGCUGAACAACAAGCGACAUGGGCAUGGAACUCAGGUGUGGAAAGAAUCCGGUGCCAUCUAUAAGGGAGAGUGGAAGUUUGGAAAACGUGAUGGAUUUGGCACUUACAGUAUACCAACUGCAGGAAAGGCCUAUGAAAAACAGUACUUUGGUUACUGGCAACAUGGGAAGAAGCACGGACAUGGCACAUUUUAUUACAGCAAUGGGGCGUUUUAUGAAGGAAACUGGAGGGAAGACCAACGCAGUGGCCACGGAACACUGUACAGGGAGAGCUAUAUCUACGAGGGACAGUGGCAGAAAGACAAGUUUCAUGGACACGGAAUCAUGCUUUUAGCAAAUGGCAACCGCUAUGAAGGGUCCUGGGAAGAGGGAGAGAAAAAUGGACAUGGCAAGUUCUUCUAUGCUGACGCAGGCCUGGUUUAUGAGGGAUACUGGCUGAACGGAGUGCCAAAGUGUGGCACCAUAGUCGCUGAUCCAAACUAUUCUGCACCAUCUCCAUUAAAGUUCUCGUUUCCAGAGGUUAAACUGGCAGAUGCAACUAAGGUUUUACAAGAAGCCAAGUCCGUCUUGAUGACAGCUGACAAGCAAGACCGUCUCAACUCUGAGCUAUUGAACAUAGAAGGAGCGCAGCAUUAGACUCAAGCAGCAGAUAGAUUUGCGCCAAACCACAAACCACCAUAGCUUUCGAAAACGCAGUUCAAACAGAGUUCUUGUUCAGAUUUGAAAGCUGACUCCAGAUAUCUGUAUGAAUUUUGAAAAUGUAUAGUGAAAAAUUAUUUUCUGGCAAGUUACGUGCACCAACCUCAUCACGGGAAAAUGAUUAUUAUUUUCCGUGAAUGAAGACAUAAAUGGAAUCUUAAUAAAGCGCCAUCACGCUCCACCAUGAUCACUUUUUUGGUUCAGUAAUUACCAUCCAAAUGUAGCUAAACUAAUAAAAUAUAGGUAUGUAU